CCGCGACGCAUGCUGGGUACCGGCCUCCGUCCAUGAGAGAAAUCCAAGAUGGCGCAAAGGAUAGCCAAGUUGGGAUCGAAAAUCGCAACACAAGCGCCUGCUUUGGCUACUAGGCUAACUUUUCAGGCAACUGCUACUGCCAGAAAGGCUCAGCCUAUGCUGGGAAAGUUCUGGACCAAUGCAAGAGUAGAGUUGGCUCCACCAAUGCCAUCUGAGUGGCCUGCAAUCCAGAAGUCCUUCAUGAACCUCAAGGAUGCAGCACUAUCAGGGAGGUUCCUGAAUGUUACCGUCAAGGAGGGUGUGGCCAACACGCUGGUUGCUGCAGAGAUUGCGUUCUGGUUCUACAUCGGAGAGAUAAUUGGCAGACGAAGCCUCAUUGGCUACAAUGUGUGAUGGAUUGAUAAAGAUUGUAAAUUUGUGUUAACUUGUCUGGUAUACUACUCUGUGUGAUGGUAUUUAAUAUGCCACUCUUGAAUGAAGGGAAUUUGUGGCUGUGAUCUCUUUCAAUAAAGUGUUUUUAUUGUU